GAUAGGCCCCCCGUCACUCUUGAUUACAUUUUCUACGAAAAAGCCCUUGAAAAAUUCGGUAAUAUCCCGUUUUCCGUUUUCGAAUUACCGAAAAUGCAGCAAAGCGCUGCACCGAGAUCUGUUACUACCUACGUGCAUUAUACAGGACCAUCGUCUGCUACGACAAGGACCACGACAACCACAACACCUACACCUGUUCAGCAGCCGACGACGGUUGCGCCGAAAGAUGUGACAUUCAAGGCCAUCAUUCAUUCACCAAAGCCACGACCCGCCCCUCAGCCAGCUACUACGGGUCACCAGGCCUCGUCGUCAUCGUCUGUAACGGCGACGGCGACGAUUACAGCAAAACCUGCAUCAACAGCUACAACUUUGAGCACGAAUACGACUGGUGCACCUUCCUCGUCUUCGGUAGCAACGACGAGCAUAGCAUCGGCUCCUGUAUCGGUUCCGUCGAGUGCAGCACCAUCAGCAUCGGUCGUAGCGCAGGGAGAUUGGACAAAAGAUCUGGUUCAUUUAGCAAAGACGGCAGAGUUGAAGAAACACGCGUUAACGCUUCAACUUCAUACGGCACAAAUCCUUUCGUCACAGGCGUUAUUGGAACAGAAGAGCAAAUCCAUUCAGGAUGUAAAGGAACAGAGAAACAAACUGGAUAGCGAAAGAAAUCGACUUCUGGAGAGUUUGAGGCAGGUUAACGAGGAUCGUGAUAAGGCCGAUAUUCUGACCUCGUCGAUCGAGAAAGAAUGCACCGACCUGCGAAACAAGAUAUCCCAUCUUUCUGAGGGAGAUUACGCCUUGGCUAAGCGUCAUGUCGACCAGCUUCGCAAAGAGCUAGGAAGGUCCCCGCUACCGAGCUUGCAGAGCAUGUUGGAUGAGAAGAGUGUACAGUAUCUGACUGAACGUCGUCUUAAUGCUCCUGCCUCCAGCUCGACCGAAGUCAACGCAAACAAUAAAAGACCCGCUCCCACAACUAUCCUAUCCACACCAAUGUCAGGCCCUCAAGGCGCUACUUUCGCUGUGAUUGGAGUCGAUGCACCCCCAGCGAAACGGCCCAGAGGUCGUCCGAAAGGCAGUAAAAAUCGCAAAUCGAGCGGCUAGAAUGGAGAGGAGUGCAUUGUUUGCUUGUUUCUUUUGCUUUUGAAUGGUUUUCUCGUGUUAGAAUCUCCAACUCAAACGCCGAUGGUUCCCGCCCGUCAAGGAGGUCGGAGGUAGAGGCGAAGCGUCGGCUGAAUGCGGCUUUGAUUUACUUUCGUGGAUUGUUGAGCUGGCAACCUGAAGAACCAGGGCCUGCUACCUUGGGGUAGCGGUAAGCAUCAAAGCUGAGAGGCGGAUGUGUCCGGUCAUAGCCAGUCUACUUCUUCUCAAUACCAAUGUAAAUACAUUUCGAUAUCUACAGGAAAUUUUGUACCACCUUCCUUUACGC